GCAGCUGUUGAAGGCGGCUGCGGUUCGAGCGAGAUGCCAGCCUACCGUAGACUAUACGCACGGCAUACACUUCUAGUUCCACUGUCCCGAGUCCCGGUAGUAGUAAACCCCGCCCAUCCAAAGCGGGACCGCAAUGAUUUAGAAGUUCAGGAAUCCCACGUGACGUCACCUUAGGGGUGAUGUAAUUCUUCUGUAAAUAGAAUGUAUUGUAAUCCUGCCUCAGUCCAACGUGGUUCCUCUCAACUCAGUGCCGCUUGUCCGCUCCACUUGUUAGGUUUGUAAUGGAGAUGAAUGAUGAACAGGACCGGCCCUAUGGAUGCAGCACUCCUGGCUGCUCACAGCGGUUCCAAACAGAAGACCACCUGAUGAUCCACAGACACAAGCAUGAGAUGACCCUCAAGUUCUCCUCCAUCAAGACUGAUCCCCUCGCAGACCAGACCCCAACGCCGACCCGUUUCCUGCGUAACUGUGAGGAGGUGGGUCUCUUCAAUGAGAUCGAACAGGAGUUCCGCCAGGCACAGGAGGAGCAGAACAACAAACAGACUCAGAAUCUCCCUCAGAGUGGAUCAUCAUGUGCCAAUCAGCCCCAGGCACAGACCCACUCCCAACACCAACCACCGUCCCAUGGUGGUAUGAGGGGUCUAAGCUGCAGCAUGGCUGGCCAACAAGCACUGCCCUCUGCCCAGUCCAACUCAGUCAUCAGCCAGGCCCCCUCCAUGCUCACACACUCAGGACCAGUCCCUGGGCCCCUCUCCUCCCUACUGCACCUGAGGAACAACAGACAGAGACAGCCCCUGGCUGCCUCCAUGCCUGGCACCCUGCCAGACCCAGACAUGCAGGGAGCAUCUGCCCAGCACAUGUCUAUGGAAAGACAGAUGUCUAUGGGAUCCAGUAUGAUGAGUGUCCAAGGUCCCCUCCACAACACUUCCUGCUCUUCACCUCAGAGGGCUAAAACUAUGGGUCACCCCCACCAACACCAUCACCAACACCAACACCCCGGAGCUGUCGCCAACAGCAACAUGGAUCCCACCAUAGGUCACAUGAUGGAGAUGAUGUCACCGCGGCAACGACACACUCACCUGCAGCAGCAGCAGCCUCAUCAGCACCUGCAACAGGCUCCGCCCAUCUCCUACCAGCAGCACUGCCACGCCUCUCCACAUCACCUGGGAAGCGCCCACAGCCAGGGGCACCAAUCAGGGAAUGUGCUGCAUCAUGUCCACCAAUCACCUCCCUCGCACCUGCAGGCCAGCCACACCCACCAAACCUCCCCUCACCUGCCCCUCCACUCCAUAGCUGUUCAGUCAUCCCAGCAGACACAUUCCCUGCAUGCAGGCCAGGCGGCUGGAGGACGUCGCAGGAGGUCUGUGGACCAGGACCCAGACGAGCGCAGGCAGAAGUUCCUGGAACGCAACCGAGCUGCGGCCACGCGAUGCAGACAGAAGAGGAAGGUCUGGGUGUCUGCUCUGGAGAAGAAGGCAGAGGAGCUGACGCACAACAACAUGCAGCUGCAGAAUGAGGUGACCACUCUGAGGUCAGAGGUUGGUCAGCUGAAGCAGAUCCUGUUGACUCAUAAAGACUGUCUGGUUACCGCCCGCCAGAGAGAAUCACAGGGGUACCUCAGUGAGUAACACCCCAUCCCCAAAACACCCAGAGGUACACCCCUACCCUCUACAAAACACAGACUCCUAUCCCAGAACCACAAGGAUACAUACGGUACCAUCUCCAGCUGUCCAUGUUGUCCCAUGUGAAUGUAAUGGGCCUGCUACACUGAACACGUCACAUUUUCAGAGCGUCAAACACUCCUAUUCAUCUCAAUGAAACCUGGGUGUAAGCAGCAUGCCACGGCUCUGUGAGAGGCCCGUGCUGCUCUGGUACUAUUUUAAUGAAUUCACGGCACGACUCACGCCCGAGAACACUUGAUGAAGUGCCUUGCACAGGGUAGCAGCUAAAAGCCUCAUGUUUUCCCAACGCCCCAGUGGAGAUUCCCUGUGAGCGUCAAACAUCCAGGUGUCUCAGACACACAGGGCUACAUUCUCACCAUGGCUGGUACAUAAGGUUAAAAAGUGAGACUAAACCCGAGUUGCACCUUGAUGACUGGAUUUAAACAACCAUGAUGUGUAUCCUUGUAAGAAUGAUUAUCCAUGUAACCAGUUAGUACAUGUUCUGCAGUCAUACAGACAGAUAUGCUUCAUUGGUAUAUUUUCUGUUUUUGCUUUAUUUGCUGUAUAUUCUACUGUAAUGCAAAUGUCAAAAUAAAUGAGCUA